UAGAUUUUCCUUUGAAACAAGAGAAAAAGAACAAACUUUUUUUGCAUACAUCAUUUUCUAAAUUAGUACUACAAUAAGACAAAAACUGCCCCCUAAACAAGGUAAAAGGAGAAUGAUAUGCUAUAAAUACUUCACGCAUUCCUUUAAAUUAUACUAGUACGUAGUUUCUUGAUCAUUCACCUCUUAUAAGCCUAUGGCUUCAAGUUAUUGGGGAGUCAACCAUGGAAAACUUGUUUUCCUAAUCAUCACAUUUUGCUUUAUUAUAGAUAGUACAGCUGCCGAAUGGUUGAACCACGGCGGAGACAGAAGAAACAGAAGGUCAGCUGUUGGGGAGGUUUUGAUAAGUCCAAGAACAAUAAACAGAUUGAAACUAAGGUGGAAAUUCUUGGCUGGAUUUGACAUUACAGCAACCCCAGCAGUGGCCAAUGGAGUAGUUUAUUUCCCUUCAUGGAAUGGGAAUUUGUAUGCAGUGAAUGCAUUAACUGGACAACUCAUAUGGCAACAGAAUCUUACAAGACUCACUGGCUUGCCUGUAACAAGGACAACCGUGAAUGUGACAGUGUCAAGAUCAACUCCAGUGGUGGCUGAUGAUCUUCUACUUGUGGGAAUUUAUGGACCUGCUGUUGUUAUUGCGGUGAGACGCUUAACAGGAACACUUGUUUGGUCCACUCUGCUAGAUCCCAGGCCUCUGGCUCUUAUCACUCAAUCAGGAACAGUUUCCUUGGGUGGAUAUUAUGUGGGAGUAUCAUCACUGGAGGAACUACUACCAGCUACACAAUGUUGUACUUUUAGAGGCAGUCUAGUAAAGCUAAAUGUUCGAACUGGUGCAAUUCUAUGGCAAACAUAUACACUCCCAGACAAUGGUGGAAGACUCGGAGGUUAUUCAGGAGCAGCAAUAUGGGGAAGCAGCCCUGCUAUUGACAUAGCCAGAGGAUUUGUCUACGUAGGAACUGGAAAUCUAUACUUAGCUCCACCAGAGGUGCUGAGAUGUCAAGCAGCACAGAAUAAUCGAACGACGCCACCAACUAACCCUGAUCAGUGUUUUGGUGAAGAUGUUCAUUUUAAUUCCAUUCUUGCAUUUGAUGUAGAUUCUGGAGAAAUUGCUUGGGCAACACAGCUUGGAGGCUACGACGUUUUCUAUUUCACUUGUUUAGUUCCUAAUAAUCCAGAUUGCCCACCAGGGCCUAACUUGGAUGCAGAUUUUGGAGAGGCGCCUAUGUUGCUAACUAUAUUCUCAAAUGGAAGACUGCGUGAUAUUGUGGUAGCUGUCCAGAAAAGUGGCUUCGCCUGGGCUCUUGAUCGCAACACUGGCCAUAUUGUUUGGGUUAAG